CCGGAUAUCCUUAAGGAAACUCACAUUAUCGCUCUUUAAUCUUUCCUAAAUUUUCGACAUUAUUAGAGACCUUUUUGUCUUUCUAUUAUUCCUAUCUCCUUCCUCCCUGCAACGCCCAUUUAGUUUUGUAUAUAUAUUUUACACAUUGGUCAUGGGCAAAUGGCAAAAUUAACGAAAAAUCGAGGAAGGAGUAGGUUUUUAAAUUUUUGUAAAGCCAUAGUUUUCAACGAUGACACUACUAUAAGUAAACGGGGUCAUCAUACGUAUAAUUCAAAAGAUCUAUCUAAUUUGAAGCGUGUAGAAGAAAAGUUGGAUUCGAUGUUGGGAAAAGAUUACCCCAAAAUUUUCCGAACAACUCGAAAGGAGAAUGGCAUUGGCAAAAAUUUCUCUAAUGCACUCAAACAUGUGUUUUCUGAUACAUCAUUGGGGAAGAAAAUUUAUAAGGGUUCACUUGGAUCGUAUAAUAAGUUGUCAUCAAAAUUUGAGAAACUAUUUAUUCCUACAAAGUCUUCAUUCAAGGAUUUACUAAACACUACUAGUAGAAUGUCAAGAUCAACAAGCACUGAUGACUUUUCAUUAUUCACUACUUCAACAGUACCCUCUCCAUCUUCCUCUUCUUCUUCGUCUUCUUCUACUGCAUCUUUGCGAUCUACAUCGCAGAAAAAGCAAUUCACAUCGUUUCACAGGUCAACAUCGUGGAACAAUAUGCAAGUUUAUGACAACGUAAAAGAAAAAGAAAUCGCGCUACGUUACAAUGCGAACGUUGGGACAUAUUCUCUUUUAAUUUGUUUAUUGGUUUUGAUAUUUUGUGGUAAAGUAUGUGCAAUCAUUUGUACUUCAACAUGGUUCUACUUUGCUCCUUGUUGUUUCAAACGCAUUGACUAAGAUGAGUACCAGAAAAUUAAUGAUCGAUUGUUGUUAUAGUUACCAAAUGAAUUAUGUAACUUCAUAGAGGGCUUUUUCUCCUAACUAUCCUGUCUGUUUUUUUUUUCCUUUGCUUUUUUAUCAUGUCAUGUAAGCUGGUGCAGUUGAUAUUGCUUAUUUGUCAUAUUGUAAGUUGUACAAAAUGUAACACAAAUGACAGAAAUAAGAAACAAAAAUUGCAUAUGUGA